UCCAUAAAGCCAGACUAGCUCUCUCCGAAGCAGAGCCUUCUGAUGCAUUCAACAAGCUUCCCAGCCCAGCUCUGAUUUCAGCCAACAACUGUCAACAUGGACACGUCUUUUGUCAUCUGCCUUCUUAUAGCAUCCAUUACUCUGGUUUUUGCAAAGUCCCAGGAAUGUACCGUUUGUCAAUCAAGUGCAAAGACCUGCCAAGGGAAUAAGGAAGUCUGCUCUGCUCCGGAAGACAAAUGUAGCAUCAUUUCGUUGGAAAAGAUUUUAGGAUCAACCAGCUACGCCACCAAGAAGAGCUGCAUCCAUCCUAAGGAGUGUAACAAGAGCCUGGCAGUUCUGGACCUGGGCAACAACUACAUCAUCACAGGCCACGUUUUCUGCUGCGAGGACAAUCAAUGCACCAAUCCUCCCAGCUUGCCCGAGAGAAAAAUUGUAACUACCAAGAACAAAAGAUGCCCGGCUUGCUAUGCUGAACCAAAGGAACAGAGUGGAUGCGAGGAGAAGACGAUUAACUGUAUUGGAGAGGAUGAGACAUAUUGUGCAGAAAUGUUUCUUCAGAAGAAAGAAGGAGGAAAAAAUAUGACCACCACCAUGAAAGGAUGUGCCAAUAAAGCUUUCUGUGAGAAGAUGGAGAUUUUAACCAUUGAUAGCCUAUUUACUUUACUCCCCGAUAGCAAUUGUAAGAAUCCCACUGGGGCAGCUGACACCACAACUGGAUUGUUUGGACUCUUCCUCUUGGCCCAAGCUGGGCUCUUGUUGGUGACCAUCUUUUCUUGAUAUGUCCCCAGCAAUUAAAACUCAGAUCUUGCUUGUCAAUUCUUCCCCCUCUCCAUUGCUUAUGCCUCUUUGGCUUCACGCAGGUCCUCACCUUCCAGGGAAAAGCCAGAACUUUCCUUAUCUGUGCUUCGAGGAUUGAUUCUCAAUUAUUUUCUCUGCCGGUGUGCAGAAAAGAUAGGGCCAUCAUCAACCCAUAUAUUUCAAGGGGAUUGAUUGCCAGCAGCCAAAGCUCUUUCUAGUACUGCUCCUCCUCUUCUUAGCUCUGUUACCAGUUGACCUGCCCACCUUGAACAAGCGAGCUGUGAAAGUUGUACAGAGAAGAAGCAGGGCCCCUUUGCUUUGUCCUCCCAUCCAGCAGGGUUGAAAAUGGACACCAAGGAAGUCAAGGAAAUGUGUAGUGAGAAGAAUGAAAAAAAAAAGGGAAGUGGUCUGUCCAGAAGAUAGGCCCUCUGAGGGCCUAUUGCCAAAAGUUGCCUCUAAUCCAUUUAUGGGGUUUCUGAGGAUUGAGAACAUAAUGGAGGGAGGAUGCUGCUAGUUACUCAGCGGUGGGAUUCACUUAUUUUCCCUAUCGGUUCGCAAAUAUGAGGGCAUGUGCCUCAUCUGCGCACUUGCACGGCCUUCUACACAUGUGCAGUAGAUAUGCAUUAUGUCCGCAUGGGUGGGCGGGGCCUCCCACAGUCGCCGCUACCAGUUCGCCCAAUUUGGAGAGAACCGGUUGAAUCCCACCUCUGUAGUUACUGGACACUGAAGAGAUUUCACUGCAGCAGCAGCAUUGCCACACUUCAUAGAAACCAUUGUAUUGUCAACUCUGAAGCUGGUCUGUCUGACGCCAUCUUGGAAGCUUCAGUAUUGCCAGAACAGUGAUGAGGGAUAGAGGGGGAAUAGAGAUAGUUGGGGUUUUGUAGCCAAAACAAAAUAGUUUUCCCCUGAGAACCAAGGGCAUUCCCACAGGUGGCUGAGGAGAGGAGGAGUAAGCAACCAGAGCGAGCCUAGGUUGGAUCAUGUGAUGGAUUGUUUGGGAAAGUGGGGUGGGGGACACUUUUACUUUUAAUUAGAUGAAAACUGCAGGAACCUUCAGAGUCAGUUUUCACCAGUUUGUGCUAAUAUGAUAUGCCCAAUAAACUUGUUCUUUGAGGAA